AUGUCAUUGUUAGAAAUUUUAGAAAAGGCUCAAUCGCUUGGUUUGAGUGGAGACCUUGCUCACGAGUUGAUUGAAAAACAGCAUCAGGCUGAGAGGGAAGAGCGCGCUGCUGAGCGAGAGGUUAAAAGAAUGGAACUUGAGUAUGCUGAGGCUGAGAGGCGCCGAGCGCAUGAGCUUGAACUCGCUAAAAUCCAGUCAGGCCCUAAUGGUAAUUAUAGCAACACUAAUGCUCAUAUGUUUGAAGGGCUCACACUGCCUACUUUUGCUGACGGCCAGGAUGACCUAGAUAGCUAUUUGCAGCGGUUUGAACGCCUGGCGGAAUUACACGGGUGGAAGGUUGUAGAUUACCAUGUUUACCUGGGUACUUGUUUACGGGGUCAAGCACUUAAAGUUUACAUAUCUUUGCCAGAUGACAUCGUUAAAGAUUGUUCUCGCUUAAAAGAGGCUUUGUUGAGGGCUUAUUCUGUAGAUGCCGAUUCUUAUCGACGUAAAUUUCGAGAGAGCAGAUGUAAAGAUAAGGAGACGUAUGUCCAGUUGGUGAUUAGAAUGGAGCAGUACCUCGAUAGAUGGAUAACUAUGAGUAAUGUUGAGAAGAAAUACGAUAGUCUGUUUGAUUUUCUGGUCAGGGAGCAAUUAUUAAGUAAUUGCAGUUCUUAUCUUCGUGUAUUUCUGAAGGAGAGAGGCUGUGAAACAGCGGUGGAAAUGGCAGAAGCCGCCGAUAGGUACCGUAGUGCACACGGAUAUCGCUUAAGUAAAUUUUCAAGGUCAGUGUCUAAACAGUCUACACAUGUUGAAAGUGAAAUUCAGUGUCAUGGAUGUGGAAAAUCGGGUCAUAUAAGACCUAAUUGUCCUUAUAAUCCUAAGAACUUUAAAACUAAGAGGUGGAUCAGUGCGGUUGCAGCACCAAUCAAAUUUGCAGAUGUACUAAUCGGACUCGUUCCAGGUGUGAAACUACCUGGGAAGCAUGAUCCUUCCUCGGUUGGUUAUGACAGCAGUGAAGACACCGCUCCUGAUCCCAACUGUCCGCAAACUAACCCUACCCCAUUCGCUGUUACCGAGGUAGGGGAUGUUCAGUUUGGGCACGACAGAUCUCGUGACGUUAGUACUCCCACGGUUGCUAUGGCUGUUAAAACUCGCUCAUCUGAGUCAAAAUCUACCACGACACUAGCUUGCCCUGAAUUUUUACACCUAAAUAUAACUAAAAGUAAUCUAAAAGAGGAACAACAAAACUGUCCAAGUCUAAAAAGCAUAAGAGAGAAAGUUAAAACCAGUGAAAAUGUAAAUGUAAAAUCUAGAACUAUAAAAUAUGAGCUUGUCAAUGACCUCAUCUACAGGGUGUGUUUAAAAAGCAAACAUGCAUAUGAAAUCGGUAACAAGCAACUGGUGAUUCCUGAGAAGUAUCGGAUUCACGUACUGAAUAUCGCUCACGAUUCCCUUACAGCUGGUCAUUUCUCACACCGAAAGACGAGUUACAAAAUAUUUUCAAAGUUCUUUUGGCCCGGUGCAGGUGCUCAGAUUAAAAGAUAUUGUCGAUCAUGUCCGACUUGUCAAACAUUUUCAGCUAAAGGAAGUGUGAGAAGGGUACCGAUGAAAAACCUCCCCAUAAUUUCAGAACCAUUCUCGCGCGUAGCUAUAGACUUAGUGGGUCCUUUUACACCAGCUUCUGAGAGAGGAAAUAAGUAUGUUCUCACUCUAAUAGACUAUGCAAGUAGGUACCCCGAAGCUAUUGCCUUACAAAAUAUUGACACGAUCACAGUAGCUGAAAGUUUAGUAGAAAUCUUCUCGCGAGUCGGUAUACCGAGGGAAAUCUUAUCAGAUCGAGGGUCUCAAUUUAAGUCAGAUCUAAUGGGUGAAAUCCAUAGAUUACUAUCUGUAAAAGCCUUGUACACGAGUCCCUACCAUGCUUCGUGUAAUGGUGCAGUUGAAAGGUUAAAUGGAGUAUUAAAAUCCAUGAUUAAAAAGCUUUGUGUCGAUCAUCCGAGAGACUGGGAUCGCUAUAUACCUGCUGCCCUGUUCGCAUAUAGAGAGAUCCCUAAUGACAGCCUCAAAUUUUCACCUUUUGAAUUGUUAUAUGGCCGACAAGUACGCGGUCCUUUGUCAAUUCUUCACGAGCUAUGGACGAACGAUAGUAUUGACAGUGAGGUUAAAACUACGUAUCAAUAUGUUUUAGAUCUUCGCUCGCGUUUGGAGGAAACCGCUAAAUUAGCGGCAGAGCAAGCCGAAAUAAGUAGCCGCAACUAUAAGACGUAUUAUGACCUCAAAGCUAAGCCUCGUAAAUUAGACAUAGGUGAUGAUGUACUGGUGUUGUUGCCUUCUAGCAGUAACAAAUUAGUUAUGCAGUGGCUCGGUCCUUAUCCAGUUGUUGAAUGCAAAGGGAAUGGUGUCGACUAUGUAAUUAGAAUUCGCGGAAAGAAUAGGCUGUUUCACAUAAACAUGUUAAAAAAGUACUUUCGCCGUGAUGGUUUUAAAAGUAAAGGGGAAACUGCUCAAGUUUGUGUGGUUGAAGAUGAUGAUAAUUGUGGCAAUAACUGUAAACCUGUUUAUUUUGAAACUAAGAAUGACUGCAAUAUCAACAUAGACAGUGAAUUAUCUGAAAGUCAGAUUGAUGAUCUAAGGGUGAUAUUAAAAGAGUUCUGUGAUGUGUUGACUGAUAAGUCUGGCUUAACUAACACUACUGAACAUGUCAUUCGUGUGAACUCCGAUAAGCCAGUGCGCCAGAAAUCGUACCCGAUUCCAAACAGUUUAUUGAAAGAAUUUAAUAAUGAAGUGGAUAAAAUGUUGGAAAUGAAUAUAAUUGAACCCUCAAGCUCUCCGUACUGUUCACCUGUUGUCAUGGUGAAGAAGAGUGAUGGAAUUUGGAGAGUGUGCAUUGACUAUAGAGGUUUAAAUGAUGCUAGUGAGUUUGACGCAGAACCUAUGCCAACUACUGAAUCGGCUUUGGGAAAUUUUAACUUGAAAGAUCUUCUGUUGAGACUGCGCAUGCAUGGUUUGACUGCCAGCGUCAGUUAUUACCGUAAGUUUGUUCAGAAUUUUGCUAGUAUUGCUGCACCUUUGAAUGAUCUGCUAAAGAAACAUAGCAGUAACAAAUUACAAUGGAGUGAUGACAAAAUUCAGAGCUUCAACAAAUUAAAAGUUUCCUUAGUAUCAAAACCAAUUUUAUGUUUACCCGAUGACUCAAAAAUCUUUUAUCUCAGAAGUGAUGCUUCCGAUCUUGGACUUGGAGCUGUAUUGCUGCAGGAUGUGAAUGGAGUAAAGAUGCCAAUUGCAUAUGCUAGCAGGAAACUGCUAGACAGAGAGAGAAAUUAUGCUACUAUUGAAAAGGAGUGUCUAAUGUCCAUGGGCACAGUACGAGCGGAAUUGCGGGGCGGGAUUGCUUCCAAGAACAAGCAGUGCGACUCCUUGCUUAGGGGACACUCAGGUGCUCUCCAUGUCUCGUGGAGGAAAUAA